AUGGCCACACGGAAAGGAACCGUCUCGGCCUCGGCCGCGGUGCCGGGCAUCUACCAGUUCAUCUUCAUCACCCUCGAGCCCAUCUUCGCGCUGCUGGGCGCCGUCAUGGUCCUUCACGCGCCGCACCAGUACCUCGCGGGCAUGACGCGCAACGCGAUGCCGUACGCCGCCAGCACGCGAUUUCUCUACACGCAGCUGGGCGGCGGCUGGCUCUUCUUCGCCUUCACCGAGGGCGUCGUCCUGCGGCUCUUCGACGACCUGAACCUGUGGCGCGUCGUCUGUGCGGGCAUGCUCCUGAGCGACGCCGCGUACUGCCACGGCACGGCGCAGGCCGUCGGCGGGUGGGAGGUGUGGCUCGACAGGUCGACGUGGACGGUGGAGGACUACACCGUCUUCUUCACCACGGCGCCCAUGGUCCUCGUGCGGAUCCUCAUCGUGCUCGGGAUCGGAAUCAGCGUCCCGAAGGAGACCGGCGAACACCCGAGCGAGAAGCAGGACAAGUGA